GAGCACUGGCAGCGAGAGGAGGACGGGGGACAAACAAGUAUGGCGGACGAGGGAGGAGAGGUAAACACAGAUGUUCCGGACGGCGAAGUUAAACACCGAGACCCAGAUGAAGGCUCGGAGGUCGUGACGGACGCCGUUGACACGAGCUGCAGUGACGGUCAGAACCGGACCACGGAGUCGGUUUCGGCGUCGGAACCGAGUUGGUCCGCGCCGCUCGUCUCUAUGGCUCGGAAGGCCACGGAGACUCUGAGACACUCUACACCAGCUCACACUGCCAGUUCCCCUACGGACAAGGAGCCCGAAAACGGGAUCAGCAACGCCCCGAAAAAACUUCCAGUUCCACCUGCCAGCUACCCUUUAGCGAUAGAAAGAUCCAAUCUUCUCAGCAUGCUAAAGCUCAGCAUUAAAGGGUUAAUUCAGUCCUCACUGAAUCUGGGCAGGACUCUGGACUCUGACUACCCUCCUCUACAGCAGUUCUUUGUCGUCCUGGAGCACUGCCUAAAACAUGGAUUAAAAUCAAAGAAAUCCUUCAUUGGUCACAGUAAGUCUAUAUGGGGCCCUCUGGAACUGAUAGAGAAGUUGUGCCCAGAGUCCGUUCAUAUUGCCACAAGUGCCAGAGAUCUGCCCGGUAUUAAGACGGGUUUGGGACGAGGAAGGGCCUGGCUGCAUUUAGCACUCAUGCAAAAGAAAAUAGCCGACUAUAUGAAAGCUCUGCUGGACCGUAGAGAUCUCCUCAGUGAGUUUUAUGACCCCGGAGCUUUGAUGAUGGAAGAGGAGGGGGCAGUGAUGGGGGGAAUGUUGGUUGGCCUAAAUGUAAUUGACGCUAAUCUCUGUAUUAAAGGUGAAGAUCUUGAUUCUCAGGUAGGAAUUAUUGAUUUCUCCCUUUACCUCAAAGACCAGGCUAAUAGUGAGACUCCUAAGGAUGAUGCCAAGAUGACAGCCAUAUUGGAUCAGAAGCACUACAUUGAGGAGUUAAAUCGUCACCUAAGUGGCACCGUCACUGACCUUCAGGCUAAGAUGGACUCCCUGGAGAAAACUAAUUUUAAACUUGUAGAGGAGCUGACUGCAGCGACGGACAGAAUUAACUCCCUGCAGGAAGAACAAGAACAGCUGAGGAAAGAUACUGAGUCAAUCUUGCAGACCAACCAAAAAAAGGAGGCGGCAGCUCUGCAAGACAGUCAGGUGGAGCUGGAGACAUACAAGCAGACUCGGCAGGGCCUGGAUGAGAUGUACAACGUGGUGUGGAAGCAGUACAAAGAGGAAAAGCGCAUUCGCCAGGAGCUUGAGCGGGAGUUGGAGCUGCAGGUGGGACUGAAGCAGGAGAUGGAGGUGGCCAUGAGACUACUGGAGAAGGACACACAUGAGAAACAGGACACCCUGGCAGCACUGCGGCUACAGCUUGACCAAGUCAAGGCUCUUAACCUGCAAAUGUUUCACAAGGCACAGGACUCUGAACGAGAAGCAGAAAAAAAACAGGCGGAAGCUGUUCAGCUGGAGCAGAAGAUGAAUGAUAUGGAAAAAGUGAUGAUGGAACUAGAGCAGAGACUCGACAUGUCAGAGCGUCAGUGCAAACAGAGUGACCAGUCAGACAAAGACAUGAAGGGGCAACUGGAAGCAAAAGUUGACACGUUGCAGAAACAGUUGGCUGACCUGGACAGACUGAGACUGGAUUUGGAGAAUGAACUGCGCACUGAGAGGGAGGAGAGGCAAAGCCUACAGAGAAGUCUGCAGAGGGAACAGGACAACAGCACUGAGCUCCGUACUCAACUCCAACAGUUCCAGGGCCUGCAAGCACAGCUGCAGGACUUGAAGGAGGAGAAGCAGCAGCUCCAGAGGAUGUGUGAGGAGCAAGAACAGGCACUACAGGAGAUGGGACUGCAUCUUAGCCAGUCUAAACUGAAAAUGGAGGACUUCAAAGAGGUCAACAAAGCCCUGAAGGGUCACGCCUGGCUGAAAGAUGACGAGGCCAGUCACUGCAAGCACUGCCAGAAGGAGUUCUCAAUCUCACGCAGAAAGCACCACUGUAGGAACUGUGGAGACAUCUACUGCAACAGCUGCUCGAGCAACGAGCUGGCCCUGCCGUCCUUCCCUCGGCCUGUACGGGUUUGCGACGUGUGCCACUCCCUCCUGCUGCAGCGAAGCUCCGCCACAGGCUCGUGACAACACAUGCACGUUCCUACAAGAGCUUUUCAGAUCUUCAUAUCCGUCUGAAUCUAAGAGAUUGACAUGCCAUCACAUCUUCAGGAAUUUGACUGUUCCGUUUUCCACUGUUGCCUGAAAUUCAGGAAAAGCAGCUCAUCUAUAUUAAGUGAGGGGCUGUAUUUAUGCAGAUGGAAGGUUGACUUAUUUGUAGCUUAUCAAUGUUUUGCUAUUAACUAUGGUUAUGUGCAGCAAGGCUUGGGUAACAGCAGAUGGAUUUUUCCUCAAAUUAAUCUUUUUAUAGUUCUAAUUGAAGGCUUGUGCAGAUUACUUUGGGAUCCCUUAAUGGUUCUCCCCAGCCUUUGAUAUGUACUUUGAUACUCAUUAAAAUUAUGGUCCCAUUCACUGAAAUCCCUAGAAACUAUUACAGUUGUGGUGCCAUUGCUGGACACAUGCAAUUUAUUGUAAAUGACGGCAGAACGUUAAAAAUCCUGGACUAUUGUAAAUUGUAUAAUGAGGGUUUUGUAGUUUGUGAAGUGCUAUGAAGCCAUUUCUUAAAAUUAACAGCAACUUCAAAGUUUUGUCUAUUUGAUAAAUAAAGCAACUCAUUUUCAGUUUUAA